AUGGCCUACUCCCCAGGGCCCCAAUCCCCCGGCGGCGGGCCUGCCUACCAUGGCGGUCUGACCUCGCGCACACGCUCAGCCAGUCCUCCCGGUGCAUCUGGGACUCUCUCUAAGAGAGAUAAACGUCGAACUGCCCUGCAGGAACGACUCCACGAUUUGACGGCUACUUUCUCCCAAAACCGCGACGCCCAGUUCCGACAGCAACUCCACUCCCUCCAGUGCGAUAUGACUCUCAUCAACAACGCUGAUCCGUACCAGUCUGGCCCGCUGCCAGACUCUUCUGAGGACAUUGCAAAUCUGAUUGAGGAGACCUUUGUUCAAGAGAUUAAUAAUGUCAAGGAGCAGAAGGAUUCAGACCUGGCACAGAUCAUGAACCGACACCAGAACAGCCUCGAGCGACACCGUCGCGAGUACGAUUUCCGAGUCCACUUUGCCAAGGAAGAGUUCAACCAUCUUUCUGGCACCUUGCGCGAGCGCCUCAUGCAAAGCAUUUCCAGCAAGAGGUCUCGUCUGAUGCGCGAGAAGGAGCAGCUGGAUAUCGCCGAUACCAACGCCCUUCUCCUCCAUCCCAAUCAGUUCAGCAUAACCAACCCUGCCAGCCCUGGCGGUAUCCACGGGAACCGCAAGACUCGUCACACCCGUCACCGGGUUGACCUAGACGAGCUGGGCAACGGCAUCGUCUCUGAGCUGAACAAGCGCAAGCGCAAGGCGCCAGAGGAGGAGACUGGAUCGCCAGUACGGGAGGCCGGCGGCACCACCCCGGCCGAGCGCUCCAAGGCAUACCUGGAGAAGCAGGCGGCGCCGACCUACUCGAUCCAAUCCCUCUUCACCGACAAGGAGCUCAGUGCGCACUCAAACCAGGCCCAUGUCGCGACCGUCCACUUCUUCUCUACGUCGAAGCGGGCCGAGCAGGGCGCUGGUGCCGUGACCAACGGCAACAACACCGAAACCGAGGAGACACCCGAUGGCACCGGCCACGAGGAUAACGGGACCCCCAGUGCUGCAGAUAUGAUGCGCACUGCAAGCCAAAAUUUCCACGUUACCCGGUCGACCCGGGGCACGGCCGCUCACAGCGCUCUCAGCGCUCUGGCCGAUCUCGCCGAUAAAAACGCGACGCGCCCCGCCCUGCCCUACCAUGUGCUCUCCAACUAUCACGCUCGGCCGAACGGUAACGCGCCUCCGUUGACCUCUCUCCUGAAUGAGGAGGUCGACGACGACCUGUCGAGAGUAGACCGGCUACACAGCAGCAAGCCGGUGGGAUGGAUUGACUCCUCCCUUAUCGAUUUGGUCGUGGCGCCGUUGCCGACCGAGCCAGUCAACGGGCAACCGCCCAACCCCGACCGCUUCACCUCGCUGCACCCUGACUUCCCUUCGGUAGUCGGGGUGCAACUCCAGCCCGCACGACCUAAUCUUGGUGCGGAGAUGUUCCCGUCCGUCGGGAUGGAGCGCGAGCGAAGCAGUAAGCGGACGCGCCAUCACUGA